UCCGACGACGACGAUCACAUACAAAUCUCCUAACAUACCAAAAACAUUCGUUCGUUGAUACAACAAAUCAAACACAUAUGGCCCGGUCCUCGUUUGCUCGCAAUAUGUUGUUAUCUUUGUUAGUCGCAGUUGCUUAUUUCUCCGCGGUGGCGCCGCGCUGCGCGGAAGCCGAGGUGACGUGCCCGGAGGUUUACGGUGUGCUGAUGCAGUGCGUGCCGUACCUGCGGUCGGGGGGCACCCCGGCGCCGCAGUGCUGCAGCGGAAUCCAGCAGCUGCUGGCGGCAGCGAGCACGACGGCCGACCGCCGCACGGCGUGCCAGUGCCUCAAGACCGCCGCGGCGGGCCUCUCCGGGCUCAACCUCGGCUACGCCGUCGCACUCCCGGGCAAGUGCGGGGUCUCGUUCCCCUACAAGAUCACACCCAAUAUCGACUGCUCCACGAUACCGUAGGAAGAAGAUGGUCGCAAUGCAGAAUAAAAGAGACCCAAAAGAGAACCUAAUUUGUGUUGGUGCUGCUGAGUUAAUUUUCGUGCAUGUGGCUUAAAAGUAUUCUGGCUUAAUUCUAUAAUAAGAAGAUGACCGGACCGCUAUAUAUAGAGAUAUGUAAUUCUGAUGUGUAUGGUCCAAGAAGUAAUACUUGUUUGGCUGUAAUAAAUUAUAAGAUAAACUUCAAAUGUCAUCUUUAUGGUUUCGCACUUUCUUA